AUGGCGGGUGCCAAGCCUUCGCAUGCGAAGAAAUCUGCCAGGAGGAGGGUCGGUAGGGGUACAAGUGGAAGGGUUGAAGACGGGUUGUCAGAGUACGAGAGGCAGAGGGUGUCGAGGAUCAGAGAGAACCAAGCUAGGGUGGAGGCUCUCGGCCUACGUAAUCUUGCUUCCGCCCUGAGGGGCCCUUCCGGUCCUGUGGAGCAAGGACAAGCUACAGGAGAAAAUAAGACUGAUGGUAGGAUUCUGGAUCGUGAGAAACGUGGGAAAAACGAUGACGACGUGGAUGACGAUUACCAGCCGUCGGAGGAAGACGAAGGCGGUGAGGGAUUUUUAUCCAGUGAGGAGGAAGCAGAAGAAGAGGGCCAGACGACCAAGAGGAAGGUGAGAAAGAAUUUUUCUUGUCAUCCUUUCUCAAUUCAUCAUGUCUUAAUCUCUGCCGUUCGGAUACUGGCGAUUUUGACUGGGCACGAGGGAUGCUAUUGCUCGUGGUAAGAGUCAAAUAUCACAAAAAGAUACAUCUUAGUGAUGAAAACCAUGGACCAAAUAAUUUACCAGAAAAAAGAAUUUCUUGGUUCAAAACCCUGAUUCAGAGUGCACCCGGCAAAUAGUUUUUCAGUGGUCAGUGUACAGAUGAAAGCCUCAUAUUUGCAAAAGGAAAAAAGAUGGGGGCCUAUGGUCCAAUAGUAAAAGGGAAUGGAAGCCAACAACGUUGUCAUUUGAUUUUCUCCGGUAUAUAUGGAGUCUACUAUUAUUCUUUGUUAUUUCUAUGAUUUUUAUUCAGUGAUGGAUAUGAAAGAACCAGUACUGAUGUCUACUUCCGUUCCUACUAGCGCUCCCUGUGCUAGAGCAUCCAAGAAAUUUAUAGUACAGUAACCUUUCCUUCCCCAUUGUUCCUCUUGAUGCUGCAGUUACUUUUGGAAAUUUGAUUGCCUCAUAUGUCAUCUUCACUGAUGAAAUUUUUUUCAUCCCUUUUGUUUGUUGUCAUUAUUUUCAACGAAGUCAACGCAGUUUUUCGUUUAUUUCUUGGGGAGUAAAGGGGGGGGCAAAUUUGAAAUGGAUUUUUUUCUGUUAUGUGGUAAGAUUUUAAUACCAAUUUUUUUUAUUUCCCUUAUCGGCCUCAGAUUCAGAUGGUGAGGUGCCCUUCUCUUCUGAUAAAAGACAGAUCCCCAUUAUUCUCCAUUCCAAAGACCUGGAAGAUGAUGAUCACUUUCAAUUUCAACGCUGAGAAAUCUACUUCUUCCUCUAAUAACCAUUUUAUCAUUAUGACUUUUGUCAGUUUGGAGCCUUUUUUCCGUCAAGAAAACAUGAACUAUCCCGUUGUGUUUUCCUGUUUACAUUCAGAAAACAAUCUCAUUUAUCCUAAGAAAUUACUCCUUUAUCUCUACAUAUCUUCUCGCAUGUUUUUUUUUUAAUGAAUCUCAAUUGGUCUAUUUGACAUCAAACUGUUUGUAAAUGGUCUAUGACUGUUGAAUCUCUGGGGAAGAAGAAAAUCUUCACGAAUGUGAAAGACCGAAAUGAAUUAGAUAUUCCACUGAAGAGGAAUCAGAAUGACUUAGAUGGCGUGGAUGAUGAUGCAGAUCUCCUACAGGUAUUACUAAGAUCUUUGGAUACUUUCUGGGCUUUGCUAUCAUCUUCUUAUCUUUCAUGUAUACUGGCUGCCGUUGCCUUGUUUGUUUUUAUGUGGUUAAAUUUUUUUAAUGCAGGCAAUAGCUUUGUCUCUCGAAGAACCAAGGCAACCAGAAGAAAAUAAGCCUUCUAGAGCUUCUUCUGGGGCCUCCACCAGCCGUGGCCUUCAUGGAGAAAAAGAGAACUUUGUCCCUCAUGCAACACCUGGUGGGAAGAGGAGAAAAGGGGUUUGUGUGCGAGUGAGUCAUUUCUUUCAUACAGAUUCUUGCAUUCUUUCAACCCUGUUCAUUGGCUAAUGGUGUUUUCUUAUGAACAGAAUACGAAGAGGCCCCAAAUGACUAAAGAUGAGCUAGUUGCUUACUUCUUCUCAUUCGAUGGUAUUUCCUUGAAAUAUCCAGAUGCUUUUUACAAAAAAAAAAAUAGAUAUAUUCAAAUAUUUGGAAGCGAUGACGUGAUUUUAUUUAAUCUUUCAUCUUUCAACUAUAACCUUUCAUCACGCCUCUCUAUAUCACUGUUUAAUAUGUAGACUAUUUUCAGAGUCUUUCGUCUCCAUAACCCCAUCAACCUUGGUUUUUCAAAUAUUUGUUGAAUUCAUGUCCGCUGUGAUGUAUGGGUCAAUGUUGUUCUUAUUUGGAGCUUUAUGCAUACCGCAAACCUAAACCUAUGAAACGAAGUAUUUCGACAUCAAGAACAUGAUUAAGCAUUCCAUGUUGGUUUUGUGAUCUCAUUACUAUCAAAUGAUAUAUUUAUAUAUCAUGAAUUCAACAAUCUCCAACGAAAAUGGCCCUGUAAAACAUGCCGUGUGGAGCUGUAUGACAGUACAUACCCGAAAAUGAAUACGUUGCUAAAAAUUUUGUUGAGCUUGUCAUAGUUCCCACUUCAUGGGAAAGAUCCUUCACAAAAUUUUGGAUUUGUGAUAUUGAUCAGCUUGUACUAUUGGCACGUUUUAUAGAGAGACAUUUUCGGAAAAUAUAAACAAAUCUCUCGGUUUGUGGUGCUCCAAAGCUUGUCUCCAUGUGUAGAGACUAUUCUUCGUUAAUCUCCCCUUUCAUACAGAAUUUCUACAUGCAGAGGGAGGGUCUGGAAACAUAAGACUGCGAGAUUUGAUGAGAGUGGCAUCUGCCCAUGACUUUAGAUGGACAGACGAGGAAAUGGCUGACAUGAUCCAUCUAUUUGACAGCAAUGGAGACGACAAGGCCAGUCAUUUAUCACUAUUUCUAGCAAAUUUUCCCCCAUCAUAAAUGAAUGAUGAACCAUAUCUUCUAUAAAUAUCUAAUCGCUCUUGCCCCCUCUCAAUCCUUCCAGCUGAGUUUGGACGACUUCAGCAAAAUUGUCUCCAGGUGCAACAUGCUCAAAGACUGUUGA